AGAGACUAGAGAAAGAUAUGACAGCAGCAAUGAAAUACUGAAUUAUAUUCAAUUCAAACUUUCUUAUAGCUCCAUUUCAAACUUCACAUAAAAAUAUGGCAUGAUCAUCUUGGUCUUGCUGGUUCUACUUCUAUUUGUCAAAUAAGGACUAAAUAACAAGCCAAAAACAUGGAAAAUAAAGCUGAUGUACAACUUUAUGGGACUUCGGACCUUUGUUUUGACAAAGAUGUCUUCAUGCGGCCUGACUUCAAUGUGGAUGACUUCAUGAGAGAAUACAAUCAGCUGAAUGGCAAUACCAACUUAGAGAUGCUGCGUGACCAUCUUGGUGUCUACCUGAAGGUGUUGCGUUCAGCAAUGAUUGAUCUAAUCAACAGAGACUAUGCUGACUUUGUCAACCUUUCAACCAACCUCACUGGGAUAGACAGCCUUAUACAGACUCUCACAGUUCCUUUGGAAAAGCUCAGAGAAGAAGUUUUGAGCGUAUCUCAAAUGUUGGAGACUGCAAGCUCUGGAGUGAUGUCUGACCUGCAGAAGCAAGAUGCAGUUCUCAAAUACAAAAAGAAACUCUCCACACUCUCUAUUAUUGCAAAAAAACUGGACAACUUUGAGGAUCUCAUCAGUCAUCUUAGCUUAGACUCUGAAUCUCCAAUGCAGCAAAAAGCUGAAACAAAACCAGAAAUUUCAAACAAUGCUGCAUCACCAUCAGCACCCUGGACUGGUAUCCCAGAAACUCCAAGUACAGAAGAAACCACCUCCCAGAAUUUGUGUGCGGAAGUUUGCUCUCAAGAGGAGCUUCUGCACAGGCUUGCUGCAGAGCUUAGUCAUCUGAAUUAUCUAGGCAGCACCUGCGAAGGCACACAUCUGAUGAGCAUAUAUAAGCCUCAUAUAGAGCGCAUACAAUCUGCAGUGGAGGCAUGCAUUGAGAGCAACUUCCGUACAGCCCUGGGUGGAGACUUCUGUAGAGGUUCAACCACAAGCUGCAACAUCACUUUGCUUAAACACACCCUGGUUGCCUGCACUGUGCUGGGCAGACCUGGUGUUGUGCAGCGUGUACUGAGAGACAUACUCAGCCCACUCAUACAACAAACUGUGAGUGACGAAAGUCUGCGCAGUAACCCUCGCGGCCUGACUGGUGUAUUGAGCUCCUUGUUGUCUCAGCUGAAGACGUGCCUUGCGCCGCUGCUGGCCCUCACAGUGCCACGUAAACAUCACAGUAGCUGCAGUGCAGAGGAGGUGCCAGGGCUGCAGUUCAUCGAGCGCAGCGUCUUCCCCGAGGUGGUGACGGCGCUGUCAAGCCUCACCGACUUCUUCAGUCCCGCCAACCCCAGCCUCUUCCACCAAAGGUACUCGCAGUGCCUGGAGCUGCUGGACGCUCUCGAAUUGCUGCUUGUAACGCGUGAACGAGUCGUGCAGUUCAGAGCCAUGGAGGAGUACCAAAAAUUUCUUGACCUCUGGAAUCUGGCCGUUUAUUUCCAGAUCCGGAACCAAGAAAUCAGACAGGUGGUCGAGAGCAGCCUGUGCGAGGAGGCCGGCGUGAAGCUCCUCAGCCGUGACGUGUCAGGAGGCGAGGGUGGCGGAGGGGGGAUGCUGUGCAGCACGCGGGGCGUCAUGCGCGGCACGCAGCAGUGCUGGCUGCCAGAGGUGUUCCUGCCGCCGCUGCUGCACAGGUUCUGGAAGCUCACUCUUCUCAUACUGUCCCGGCACAGGACCUGGAUCACGCACGCUAUAGACGAGAUCAAAGGUGGCGGAGGCGACCUCUUGGCACUGAAUCCAAAGCCUGGCAUGGGAAGCUGCCGCCCGACGUCAGUGGUUCAUCUCUGUGUUGCUUUGCUGUCCGACAUCCGUGUUUUGUGUGGGCACAUUACAGCGCUCUACGACCAACACAUCGCCCAGCACACGCAGCACCUUGAACACAAACACAGCACCAUGAUCAUCAAUGCAUUGAAGAGAGAGAGCGUACUGCUGUUGGCCUUUGAAGCAACGCUGGUUCAACUCAUCUGUGAUGACGUCAUUACCGCCGUCACCACCGCUCUUCAGCCCGUCACUGCCACGCCCCGCCUCUACCGCCGCACCAACAGAGAGGUUCCCACCAAGCCUCAACCCUACGUGUCGGGGGCGGCCGCUCCCGUGCUGCAGCUGCAGCAGCUGGCGCAGCAUUGCGUCGCCGCGCCGCUGCUGCGUUCAUGCUACGUCACCAUCACUGCUGCCGUAGCUAAGCAGUACUCGACCCUGACCAGCGAGGUACUGGACAACGUGUCCAAGACAGAGGAGAGCUUGCGGCGUCUGAAGCGGGCGCGCGGCACCGCGGCCGUCACGGCGCCCCAGGGACACUCAGACGAGGAUAAGAUCAGGGAGCAGCUGCAUCUUGAUGUGCAGCACUUCGCCAUGCAGUUGAGCAGCGCGUUUAGCGAAGCAGCGUCGGUCGAAGAGUUCGUGCAGCUUAGCAGCGCCGUGGCUGCUGCUAGGACCGCCGCCUCCGACACUACUUCAUAAUCAUUUUUUUAUAACCAAACAAUAUACUGGGUAAAUUUAACCAAACCAUUUCCUGGAUUUUAACUUAACUAUUUCCUGAAUAAAUUUAACCGAGCAAUUUCAUGCAUAGGUUUAACCAACCAGUUCAUGGAUAAAUUUAACUCAAGCAUUUCGUCGAUAAGUGAACAAUUUUGGACAAGGUAUCAUCUAAGAAAAAUAUUUAAGACACCAUUAAAAUUUUUAUGCAUCAAUGGUUUUUGAUAGCGGUUAUUCUGGAAGCUUUGGGGAAAAAUAUAUUUGUUUUUCGCAUCGGCAUUUUUUAGUUUAUGCUUCUAUAUUCAUAGGCAAAGUAUAGGAUGUCAGAAUUUGUUAUAUUUUAUAAUUUCAAUUGAUGAACGAACUAAAAAAUUAUUCAGAUUCACUGGUCAUCAAUCGAACUUAUAUAUCUAAUACAAUUGUAUGAUAACGAUGAAAAUGGCGACCGGGUUGCUGAGAACCUAGUAUAAUUUAAAAUCAUAAAUAAAUUAUGUUAUUCGAUUUAAUGAAGGAGCUGCUCAAGCAUCGACAUAUUUGCGCUCUUCAGUUGCCCAUGCUGAAUACGAUGUUCACAAGCAUUUUAUGUUGAUGACUCCGACUAGUUAGGCCGUUGAAGUUUGUGCAUUUAUUCACCUGUUCUUCUUGGAGAAUUUUUAUUAGAAAUUUAUUAAUAUUUAUAAUAAUAAUAUUUAUGUUAAAUAUUUUCCACUCUGGAAAUUGGAGAAUUUUCUAGAAUAACCAUGUAUAUAACCUUAAUGUACAGGAAUAUUUGAGGAAUAUGGUGUUACCAAAAUUCCCAAUAAACGAGGUACUUUGGCAAUAUUAAAAUUUUCGCCUACCGAUGAAUUUCAAGUUUUUGUGUAAACUAUGGUUCCUUUUAUUGUUUGUGCCUGAAGGAAACGUAAAAUAUCCCAAAACAUUAUUUAACGUCCGAUUUAUUUAUUUGAAGUUUCUUCCAUGUUUAUUAUUUCAACUGUUUAUGGAGAGUAAGCAUUACUUCCGGAAGAUGUUGAUAUUUUUAAAAAUAAUUUUAAAGCUUGUCAUGAGAAAUGCUUUUCACGCGUCGCUUUACCCCAAUAACAAUAAGAUAAUCGAAGCGUCGCCUUCAAAGUUGCUGCUUCUGGGUUGUUAAGUGCUUGAUGUGACAAAAAGUUCUGAAGUUAUCUUGAUCUUUUAAUGCCCCGAUGGCUUGAUCUUUUAGUGUUAACCAUCAAACACUGACAGUGGGUCCUAAACUGGAAUAGGCGUAUCUACACUGGUGCGUGAGGGAUUUACAGGUGGUAUGCGAAUAUUUAAAGAUGUAUUCAUCGAUAGUUCCUUGAUUAUUUCUCACUUCAGAAAAAGUUUAGUCAAGCGGUAGAUAAUCCGGAAGUCAUCUACUGCUGUUGCCAAAUGCUUGAAUUAUGGUCUCAGCAGCUCAUCGUUAACUCAAACGGUACGUUAUCUCGAUGCGCUGACCAGUACCAAUUCAGUUGGGACAAAAUGAUACGUACUAGUGUUGAAAAUUUGCGUCUAAUAAAUUAAGUAUUAUUAAUGACAAAUUACUUAACGGUGCUGCCAAGUAGUACAUGCUUAAAAAAAUUUCUGGAACCAGUGUGUCGAUUGCAGAUUCGGGAAUGGCCUCUUCUAAAAUGAUAAAUUUAAUUGGCGAAAAGUUAGGAUGUUUUAAGUUGUUGCUUGGUUUUACUUCUUAAAAUGAUUUAUUUACGUGUUUAUUUAGAUUUUCUCACGCACGUUUGUAUAAAACAUGAAGCUCAAA